AUGGGUGGACAGACGGAUGAAAGGACAGAUGGACAGAACUCAGGGAUUUCAGGGCGCCACAAGACUCUGGUCUGUUUUUGCUGCCACGGGGUCAGCCAGUUCCCUCCCUCAAGCGGGAUCACCCCAGCUCAGCCUGCUGGCUUCCAACACCUGGUUGCUCUCUAUGAAGGCAGGAUCUGCAAAGCUCAGCGGGGGCCUCUGCCUGGGGUGGAAUGCAAAGCCCUGGACCCGGAGCAGAUAAUCCCAUUUGGGAAGCAGAGGGACGGCGGCGCCCGGGUGGUCCAUGUCAGCCACUCUCUCCUGUUUCUCUUGCAGCAUCUCCUGCGUCCUCCAAGUGGCGGCAUUUGGCGAAGCCUUGGCACCUCAGCUGCAGGGCUGCAGAGGAAAGCCCAGGCAGAGAGCCCAAAGGCGGAGGGAGUGUUCCCAGUGACCAUGAUCCCAGGGGACGGGGUGGGCCCGGAGCUUAUGCACUCGGUCAAAGAAGUCUUCAAGGCAGCUGCUGUUCCUGUGCAGUUUGAUGAGCACCACCUGAGUGAGGUGCAGAACAUGGCUUCAGAGGAGAUCCUGGACAAGAUUCUGGGCUCCAUGAACAACAGCAGGGUGGCCAUCAUAGGGAAGAUUCACACUCCCAUGGAGUACAAGGGCGAACUGGCCUCCUACGACAUGCGGCUCAGGCGCAAGCUGGACCUCUUUGCAAAUGUGGUUCACGUGAACAGCCUGCCUGGGUACAAGACGCGGCACAACAACCUGGACCUGGUGAUCAUCCGGGAGCAGACGGAGGGCGAGUAUAGCUCCCUGGAGCACGAGAGCUCCAAAGGGGUCAUUGAGUGCAUGAAGAUCAUUACCCGGGCCAAGUCCCAGCGCAUCGCCAAGUUCGCCUUCGACUUUGCCACCAAGAAGGGCCGCUCCAAGGUCACAGCCGUCCACAAAGCCAACAUCAUGAAGCUGGGUGAUGGACUGUUUUUGCGCUGUUGUGAAGAGGUGUCUGAGUUGUACCCUAAAAUCAAGUUUGACACCAUGAUCAUAGACAACUGUUGCAUGCAGCUGGUACAAAACCCCUACCAGUUUGACGUCCUGGUCAUGCCUAACCUGUACGGGAACAUCAUUGACAAUCUGGCCGCUGGCCUCGUAGGCGGGGCCGGCGUGGUCCCCGGGGAAAGCUACAGCGCAGAGUACGCCGUAUUUGAGAUGGGCGCCCGUCACCCCUUUGCCCAAGCCGUGGGCAGGAACAUCGCCAACCCUACAGCCAUGUUGCUUUCCUCCGCCAACAUGUUGCGGCACCUCAACCUGGAACAUCACUCGACCCUGAUCUCGGAUGCGGUGAGGAAGGUGAUCAAAGUGGGCAAGGUGCGGACCCCCGAUAUGGGGGGUUACUCUACAUCCUAUGAUUUCACCCGUGCCGUGAUCGCAGCUAUGACCGAGUAGAGCAAGCCAAGAAAGGAUGACGGGGGGCUUUCUGCUUUCGCUUCCUAAUUUAUUGUGAGCCAAGUAUUUAUUAUGGUUGUCAAAAACGCACAGUGAACAAAUAAAAAGAGCCUAUGUGCA